AUGACAAGAGUCAAAGCUAAAACUACAAUGAAGCGCACUCCCUUACCCGAUCAAAGAAUGUCCACUACCAAGAAACCCACCAUCAAAUCUCCCAACUCUAAGCCCACCGCCAAACCUCGCAAAUUCAAAAUGAGCGCUGCUUCUCGAAUGAUCAUGUCUAUCAGUAAGGAUACCAUUGUUGGCAGAGUCAAGGCACAGGUAAAGAAAGACAGCAACAAGAUAUCCAAGUCCCGUGGCACGACCGUCGCAUCUCUUGGACAGAAAUCCCAAAAAGGUCGCGAGCUUCCUUGUCUUGAGCUUCCCAAGCCCGAAGCUCUCCUAUAUCAAGAUGAGGAGACUGUGAAAUAUUACACCCAUUACUACAACUAUUACGCACCACUUCAAGAGUUGAAAAAGGGAAAGAGCAUGACCUGGAAGGCUAUUCAUGCUAUUUACGCAGAGCAUUUUCCCGACAGAAACUUCCCCAAGACCGAAAAUGUAAUUUCCUCCGCCGCAUCUGAGAGCUAUCACAGAUUGUGUGUAAUUGUGGAGGCUGAAAAUGAGGCCGUUGCUUUAGCAGAUGCUACUGAGAAUCCAGAGUUUGUUUUUCCUGACGAAGAGGAUGAUGAAGACGAUGAAGACGACGAAAUGGCUCUAGAUGGCCAGGCCAAGUGA